AUGACUUACUCCUAUUGUGUGUCUGCUGUAGGAAAUGUAGUUUUUGAACAACGUAAACAGCUUGAACAACGUGAACAACGUGAACAACUUGAACAACUUGAACAACGUAAACAACUUGAACAACUUGAACAACGUAAACAACUUGAACAACGUAAACAACUUGAACAACGUAAACAACUUGAACAACUUGAACAACGUAAACAACUUGAACAACGUAAACAACUUGAACAACGUAAACAGCUUGAACAACGUGAACAACUUGAACAACUUGAACAACGUAAACAACUUGAACAACGUGAACAACUUGAACAACGUGAACAACUUGAACAACGUAAACAGCUUGAACAACGUGAACAACUUGAUCAACGUGAACAACUUGAACAACGUGAACAACUUAAACAAUGUGAACAACUUGAACAACGUGAACAACUUGAACAACGUGAAUAACUUGAACAAUGUAAACAGCUUGAACAACGUGAACAACUUGAACAACGUGAACAACUUGAACAACGUGAACAACUUGAACAACGUGAACAACUUGAACAACGUGAACAACUUGAAAAACGUAAACAGCUUGAACAACGUGAACAACGUAAACAGCUUGAACAACGUGAACAACGUGAACAACGUGAACAACUUGAACAACUUGAACAACGUAAACAGCUUGAACAAUUUGAACAACGUAAACAACUUGAACAACCUGAACAACUUGAAAAACGUAAACAGCUUGAACAACGUGAACAACGUGAACAACGUAAACAGCUUGAACAACGUGAACAACGUGAACAACGUGAACAACUUGAACAACGUAAACAGCUUGAACAACGUGAACAACGUAAACAGCUUGAACAACGUGAACAACGUGAACAACGUGAACAACGUGAACAACUUGAACAACGUAAACAGCUUGAACAACUUGAACAACGUGAACAACGUGAACAACUUGAACAACUUGAACAACGUAAACAGCUUGAACAACGUGAACAACGUAAACAGCUUGAACAACGUGAACAACGUGAACAACGUGAACAACUUGAACAACUUAAAUAGCUUGAACAACUUGAACAACGUGAACAACGUGAACAACGUGAACAACUUGAACAACGUAAACAGCUUGAACAACGUAAACAGCUUGAACAACGUAAACAACUUGAACAACGUGAACAACUUGAACAACGUAAACAACUUGAACAACGUAAACAACUUGAACAACGUGAACAACUUGAACAACGUAAACAGCUUGAACAACGUGAACAACUUGAACAACGUGAACAACUUGAACAACUUGAACAACGUGAACAACUUGAACAACGUAAACAACUUGAACAACGUAAACAACUUGAACAACGUAAACAAUUUGAACAACGUGAACAACUUGAACAACGUAAACAACUUGAACAACGUAAACAACUUGAACAACGUGAACAACUUGAACAACGUGAACAACUUGAACAACGUGAACAACUUGAACAACGUAAACAACUUGAACAACGUAAACAGCUUGAACAACGUGAACAACUUGAACAACUUGAACAACGUAAACAGCUUGAACAACGUGAACAACUUGAACAACGUAAACAACUUGAACAACGUGAACAACUUGAACAACGUAAACAGCUUGAACAACUUAAACAACGUGAACAACUUGAACAACGUAAACAGCUUGAACAACGUGAACAGCUUGAACAACGUGAACAACGUGAACAACGUGAAUCAACAGCUCUGGAGCAGAAGUACAUGUAUUUCGUCGGAAACGUUCAGGUAUAA